AUGUCUUCCAUUACUCGCCAGUUGCGCCCGCGGGUGCUGGUCCGCGCGUCCUUCAGAGCUGUGCCCGCAGUGUGUGCGCAACCUCAGCGUUUCCCCCGCGCAAAGGUCCUUGGUGUUGCGACAUACCGUGGCAUAACGACGACACCGAUCCGUAGAUCACAGAAGGCGCCUGCUACGAAGAGAGGUGGCUCGAAGCUGUAUGCAUCUGCCGAUGAGGCUGUCGCGGACAUCAAGAGCGGAUCAACCAUUCUGAGUUCGGGUUUCGGGCUCUGUGGUGUUGCAGACACAAUCAUCGCUGCACUAAACCGCAGGGGGCCCGAGAACCUGCAUUCGCUUACAGCUGUCUCAAACAAUGCUGGUCAAGAAGGCAAGGGUGGUCUGGCUGUCCUGACCAAGGCUGGCCAGGUGAACCGCCUGAUCCUGUCAUUCCUUGGAAACAACAAGGCAUUGGAGAAGAAGUAUCUCACAGGAGAGAUUGGCAUCGAGCUGUGUCCUCAGGGAACACUCGCGGAGAGGAUCCGUGCCGGUGGCGCUGGAAUCCCCGCCUUCUUUACGCCCACUGGAGCUCACUCUCUGGUUCAGAGUGGUGACAUUCCCGUUAAACUUGAUGCUUCUGGCGCGGUGAAAGAGCGCGGGCGCACGAGGGAGACGAGAGAAUUCAACGGCAAGACAUAUCUCAUGGAGACUGCACUUACGGGAGACGUGGCUAUCUUGAGAGCAUGGAAAGUGGACACAGCAGGAAACUGCGUUUUCAGAUACACAACCAAAGCAUUUGGACCCAUCAUGGCCAAGGCCGCAACAGUCACCAUCGUCGAAGCGGAGAAUAUUGUCGAGGCGGGCGCAAUUGACCCCAACGACGUCGACUUGCCCGGAAUUUUCGUCGACCGAAUCGUGCCUUCGACCGCCGAGAAGAACAUUGAGAUUCUCAAGACAAGGGCGGAGGAUGGUGAGGGCGAGGAUCUAAACGCACCCAAGAAUGAUGCGCAGGCGAGGCGUAAUCGCAUUGCUAGACGUGCUGCGAAGGAGUUGCAGGAGGGUUUCUACGUCAACCUCGGCGUUGGUGAGUGGAGACUCGUGCCCCGUAUGGAGGCUUGA